ACCUACGCCUUGACGAGGAACCUGCUCAGUCCUGCGCAGCCGAAGGACAGAUCCUACGUGGAGUUGGUAAACAUGGAGAGUCCACAGGAAGCCAGCGAGGUCCUCCAGCUGCUGGAGGACUACUGUACCAGGAGGUCUAGGUGGAGGUCGGCAGGCGCCUCACAAUGGAGAACACUGAGGAGGUCACGGAUGCCUGAGGAGCAGAACAUCUCCAGCCUGCCUGAUGUCCCACCACUCCAUUCAAUGAUGAUGAUCAAAGUACCUGUACAGCAUCCAAAACCGGCUCAGCGCAGGGUGACGGAGCGGCUGGUGGAGAUCACCGAGUCGGCGCCGAUCAGGAAGGACGAGGUGCAAACACAAGAAGAGAUCAUCCAGAAGCUCGUCCAGCUCGUGAUAAUGUUUGGAGACGAUAUCAAUGCGAAGCUCAAACAGAACCCAGUUCUAAAAGAACAACUCCAGAACCUGAACUACAAGACGUUCGAGAAGCUGACCUCCACUGUGCAGAACCUGGUGGCCCCGGCGGGUCAGGCAACAGGUCCAGACUGUCAGGUCGAGCAGCAGAAGAUCGCCUGGGCCUUCGAGGUGACGAGCAGACUGUCUGCUGUGGGGGUUGUCCACCACAGGAGGGUUUUGAACUUCGGGGCCCAGUACAUCGAACAGAACCACGCGGACUGGGUCUGGCAGCGUGGAGGCUGGGAGGAAGCGUUCGACAUCGACUGA